AGUGUAAGUAGUAUUGUUCAAACUGGUUGUGCACAUGUGCCAGAGAGUGUAUAUAAACGAUAGAACAACUAUAUUUGGAAUUAUUAAAGUAAUUUGAACUCGAAUAGUAUUCUCGUCGAUAAUAAUUAUCUAGUGUUUUGCAUAGAUAAUACUAAUCAUGAUUUUGAAAUUAUUUUUGUUUGCUUUGUUCGUUGCAGUGGUAAUGGCGGAAGAAACCGCGAGAGAGGCAUGGCCAAAAUAUAAGAAAGAUUUCAACAGGUCGUACGACGCCGAAGAAGAUGCCAAAAGGUUCAAAAUAUUUGAGGAAAAAUACAACGAAAUACAAGCACACAACAAAAAAUUCGAAGCUGGUCAAGUAACAUGGACAGCUGGAUUGAACGACUUCACUGACAGAACACCCGAAGAACUUAAACAUCUCCAUGGUCUUAGAGUUCCUGAUGGAAAUGCUGCUGGACUACAUUAACUUAUGGCUAAAAUUUUUAUGAUUAUUUAAUAAAGUUAUCAUUUGAC